AUGUAUCCUUCCAUCCGCACCUCCUGCAAGGCUUCAAGAGCUCCUCGCCCUCAGUACCCCCUCAAGCCCAUUGACGCUAACACCAUCAUGCCAUGCUCCGUUACCCUCCUCGACCUGACCCUCUCUCGCGCCCUCCCCUCCUCUCCCUCCCGCCCCUCCCUCAAGCUCUCCCCCGCACAGCAGGCCUUCCUCGACGCCUCCCAGUCUUCCCGACGCAGGAGCGCGACCGAGCUCCCGCCAGGAGCUGUCAGAGUCAAGUCGGAGGGCGAGGAUGUGAUAGCGGCAGUGCUGGCGGCGAGGGGGCGAGGAGCGAGGCUGCUGGAGGCCCGGAAAGCAGGAAGGAUACUAGUGCGAGGAGGGCUGAGGCGGACGACGGAGGACGGAGACGUGUAG